ACCAAGUACACAGCCUUUCUAGCCUCAUACUCUCGCAAGAAAGCUGCGGCUUUGAGUCCCCAACUGAGGCGACCUUACUCGCUCUUCCUUCACCUACAAGCGCGCCCUGUGGUAUUGCACUCAUCUUGCUGCUGCGUGUAUUUCACCUAAUACGGAUAGGCCAUAUACCUGACAGUCGGGGCUCUGCGACGAAGUGCACUUCAACUGCCUCCCAGCUUGGCAAGGCUUCGCUUGACAUUAUUCUUUUUAGCAGCAUUCAGCUAGCUCCAUACGGCCGGCCCGCACCGCGGACCGGCCGGGAGCGCUUCAGAGCUUGGCGUUGCAGCAGCUAAAGCAGUGUUGUGAGCUUUAACAGUGGCAGCUGCGGACGAAGCAUUUACAUAGUUUGUAUCCGCUGGCAUAAGCCUCUUGGGCAGCGUGGCGAGCCCGCGUCUUCGUCGCCAUGAACAACCACUGUUCCUGGACGUAACCUGGCCCGCGCGAGCCUGCGCUUGAGGAGCGCGCGCUGACAGUCCUGCCUCACAAAUGGGCUGCAGCAGCAGUAAGCCCGGCGUUGUGCCGGUGCACGACUAUGACGCCGACCACGAGCGGCAUAGCGGGGAGCCCGCGGUGGCCCCCGCCGACUCCGGCGUUGGCGGCAAGUCCAUGCGCCUGCUCACGGUGUCGCCCAGCGGUAAGCGGCAAGUAGACCGGAGAGAGAAUCAGUCCUUCUUCGACAAGAGCCGCUCCCACAAGUCCUUCGCGGCCAACAAGUCCAUACGGCCGGCUGCCAAGAGCCAGCGGCCGCGCGUGUCGGCCUUCACGGACCGCGUGCCCGGGCGGUUAGACAACCCCAAUGGCGGCGACAGCAAAGACCUCAACUCGCCAGGGGGCGGGGGAGGCGGGGGCGGGGGAGGCGGCGGCGGCACGGCGCACGGCGCCAAGAGCCGCUUCGCCAAGAGCAUCAAGGCGGUGGCGGACGCCAUGUUUGGGCCGCCGCCCGAGUGGAUCCUGCGGCAGACCACGCCCAUCAAGAGCCAGUACCAGUUCUUGGGCGUUGUGGGGAGAGGCCAGUUCGGUCAGGUGUACUGCAUCCGUCAUCUGCGCCACGGCCAGAAGUACGCGUGCAAGACGCUGGGCAAGAAGAAGCUGCUGAGUCAGCUGGACGCGGAGGACAUCAAGAAGGAGAUCGAGGUGAUGCACCACCUGUCCGGCCACCACUCGGUGGUGAGCCUGCACCGGGUGUUCGAGGACGAGAAGAACGUGCACCUGGUCAUGGACCUGUGCCAGGGCGACCUGUACGAGCUGUUGAGGGAG